AUGGAUGACCCGGACGAGUUGCUCAUGAUGUACGAUGGCCCUACCAAGAUCCUCGAGUCGCGCGACGUCGCGGGCAUCGCGCGGUACAUGGAAUCGGAGCAGUGCAAACGAAUAUUUGUUCUGCUUGGCUCGGCUGCGAGCGCGGGGGCAGGUGUGCCGGACUUUCGAUAUCCGAAGAAAGGAUUAUAUUCCACGAUCAUGGCACGACUCAACCUGCCGUACCCGCGCGCCCUCUUCGAGCGCACCUACUUCCGUUUCAACCCCAUACCUCUAUACACGCUCGCGCGCGAGCUGCACCCCGGCCGCUAUCGGCCGACGCCCACCCACACCUUCGUGAAGCUCCUCUGUGACGGCGGUUCGCUGCAGACAUGCUUCACGGAGAACAUCGACGCCCUCGAGCGGCAGGCAGGCAUCCCCCGAAACCGCCUGGUAGAGUUCCAUGGAAGCUUCGCGAGCCAGAGUUGUAUCGAUUGCAAGCAGGAAUUCGACGGCCUGAAGAUGCCAGAAGCCAUAGAGCAGGGUGAGGCCGCACGAUGCGAAGCGUGCGGCGGGUUUGUGAAGCCGAGCGUUGCCUUCCACGGAGACCCGCCGCCGCAAGCGUUCACGGAUGGCGCGCCCGAGCUGGAAAGCGCGGAUCUGCUUUUCGUCAUUGGGACGUCGCUGGCGACCCAGCCAUUCGCAUCGCUGGCCACGAUGGUCCCCCAAAGCUGUCCCCGUGUCCUCAUCAAUAUGGACUUCGGGGGUGAUAUCGGCAUGCGGUCGGACGACGUGCUCUUACUUGGCAGAUGCGAUGACGUCGUGCGGGAUCUGUGCAGGGAACUCGGCUGGGACGAGACGCUGGAAAGGGAAUGGACGAAAACGGAGUUGCAGGCGCCAGCGAGCGAUGUGAUGAAGAGUGGGGAAGAACGACGCGCCACCAUCCAAGGCGACAGUGCGGUCGGUCCCAUCCUCAAUGGGAUCGAUGGAGAUCCCCCACUGGAGGACCUACGUCUGGACGGCGCGAACGAGUUCGGUGUGGUGGGCGGUGAUGGGGAGUGGCAGGAGCAAGAGCCCAAGUCGGACUCCCUCACCGACCGUUUGCGAACAGCAUUGGAACAAUCAGAGAAGCCAUCAUCGCAUGCCUCCUCCGACCCAGGCACCUUCGUUGCGCGGUCGUUGAGCGGAGAGGAGUUGUUCGCGGACACGAUCGCGGACUACCCGUCUCGACCGGUGGAAGGGCCUGCUGUGGAGGGAGAACGUUUGGUGACAGCGUGA